AUGAAGAGGCGAAUAGGCAGUGUCAACACUUUGCACCAACAGAGCGCAUCAACGCAGAUAAGGUUUGACAAAACAGACCUGCUGCAAGUUCAGAUUCCUCAUGAAGAUCCUUUGGUUGUUAGUUUGACAGUGACGGAAUGCCUAGUACGAAGGGUGCUAAUUGAUCGAGGGAGUAGUGCGAAUGUCAUGACUUGGGUCACCUUCGAUCGGCUAAAAAUCAAGUCAGAGGCACUUAAAUGUACUGGGAAUCCAUUGUUGGGAUUCGAUGGAAAACGAGUCAAACUGAUCGGUACAGUUGAAUUAUUUGUCCGAGCUGCCGAGAGGGAACUUGUCGAAAGUUUUGUGGUAGUGGAGAUCCAUCCAUCCUACAAUCUGCUGAUGGGAAGAGGGUGGAUUCAUAGGGUCCAGGGAGUCCCAUCGACCUUGCACCAGGUGAUGAGAUGUUUGAGUCCCGACGAAAAUAAGGUGAUAGAUAUCCAUGGGGACCAGGUUACAGCAAAUGAGUGUUACUCGGUGACUCUGAAAGCCGCAGGGAAGGGAAAAGCUCUCAUUCGAUCUAAUAGCUCACCAUAG